UUCUGUUCCUGAGCUUCGGAAACCCAUCUUCCUUUUUUUCUGUCACAGUUGCCCACCAGUACAAUCGUACAGACUCUCUUUCCAAGAUGGAAGACGUCAACGCCCUCGUACGAGACAUUCGCAGUUCCAAAUGCGAGUCUAGUAUCGCUCGAGAUAUCAUCGAAGGGAUGCGCCAAGAGCCAAGAAACCUUCCUACGAUUCUUCUCUACAGUGAAAAAGGCCUUCAAGCUUAUGAUCGCCACUCUCACGCUCCCGGGUACUAUCCUCGACAAGAAGAGUUAUUGAUCCUCCAGAAGCAAGCCCGCAACAUCGCAAACUCCAUCGAAAACGGCAGCGUUCUUCUUGACCUGGGUAGCGCGAGCCUGGACAAGACAUUGCUUCUGCUGGAGGCCCUCGAAGCCGCAGGGAAGGACGUUCAAUACUUCGCGUUGGAUCUGGACCACAACGAGCUGGUAUCGACGCUGAAGACGCUCCCGCUGGAUCAGUUCAAGCAUGUGAGCUGUGCAGCGCUGCACGGGACCUUCGACGACGGCCUGCAGUGGCUGCACAGCGCACCGGAGAUCGCCGAGCUGCCGAAAUGCGUCAUGUUCCUUGGGUCAACGAUCGGGAACUUCUCGCGCGCCGAGGCCGCGGCGUUCUUGAAACAGGUCGCGAUGAAGGCGCUCACGCGCGCACCGGGCACCAGCUCCAUCAUCCUCACCGUCGAUGGAUGCAAGGUCCCCACCAAGAUCCUCCACGCGUACACCGGCGACGGCGUGCUGCCUUUCACCCUCUCCGCCAUGGAGUAUGCAAGCGCGAUCAUGAGCAAGCACACCCAGUCCGCUGAGAACGCCUUUAAUGUCGAUGACUGGACGACGAUGAGCGAGUGGAACUCCACCCACGGGCGGUAUGAGGCGUCCUUCACGCCCAUGUCCAGCGAUGUUCAACUCGGACCCCCGUUCGAGGAUGUUGUCAUCAAGAAAGGCGACAAGAUCCGCAUCGUUUACAGCCACAAGUAUGACGAGACGGAGCGCCAAGAGCUCUUUGAUAAUGCCGGCUUGUACCAGGUCCAGCACUGGACAGAGGACAACUGCGACCUCGGUUUCUACCAGGUGAAGUUGCCGCCUAAUUAGGUGGGGUGCAUCAUCCAGAAUCUAGACUCGGGUUGGCCUAAGUCGCC